AUGGAGGUGAACGGGACGGAUGCACGGGGCGAGGAAGCCGCUAUAGCGUUGGUUCUAAGCGUCGCCGUCACCGUCAUCUCCGCAAUCGGUUUGCUGCUAAACGCUUACAUUCUGUUCAUCAUCGUGAUCACGAAGCAGCCGGCGUCCGCGUCUUCCGUGCUGUUGAUGCAUCUGGGUGUGGUGGGCGCGUUGGCGAGCGGUGUGACCCUCUGCGGUGGCGGCGGUGCCUGCGCGUGCGGUGCACUCCUUCACGCUCUGCACCCGCUGCAGCUGUGGACAGUCUGCGGUCUGCACGCGGACCGCGCUGCGGCCAUCGCGGCGCCUUUGCACUACGCCGCGAUAGUCUCGCCCAGGAAGGUAUUAAUUUGCGUCGUUGGUGGAUGGAUGGCUACUGCGGCACUGUUAGCUCCGUUAGCUGUCGCUCAACCGCCGCUUACCUACAGCAUGGGCCUCGGAACUUGCACUCCCGACUGCGGCGCCGGUGCCUCGGCAUUGGGAUUUUGUAUUAUGUACUCCGUGUUAACAUUGUUACUGCCCACCGCACUUGUUCUACUAUGCAGUAUGAAAAUUCUUCGGAUCGCCCGUUACCACCGGCACAGGAUCGCAGCGGCGAUUUACGAAGUGACGCUGUCUGCGCAAGUAACGGUGACUCACCAGCGCAACCCCUUCUCCCCUCCACCCCCACCACGGCGCCGCGCACUGUCCGCUGUGCUGCAGCCCCUCGGUUCACUGGCUCUGUUGUAUUUUCCAUACUAUUGCAUUUUAAAUUGGCCGGCGAUCGCGGUACCGCCGCAACCGUUAGCCGCAAUAUCAGCCACACUCUUGGCGGCGGCCCCACCGGUCAACGGCGUGCUAUACGGCAUCCGCAGUAGAGCGCUCAGGGAAUCGCUCCGAAAUUAUAAAAGGAAACGACUGACGAAGAGUGAGGUGACCCAGGAGAUCCAGGCUCGGACACCGAGCGCCUGUGGGUCUCGGAGACCUUCCUUGUCAGCGGGCUCGGGGUGCAUCAGGCCGCCCACAACGAGGCGGCUUUCGGAUGCCGCGGCGAUGGGAGCGCGCGGCUCGGAGAGGCCGGCACAGCGAGCUGCUUCGUGCAACAUGUUGCAGGAUCCGCAGGAGGAGGACUAUCCGCGUUCUAGGGCGUCGGCUAUACCGCUGAUCCGGGCUCCGCCGCACGUGGUGCUAGGGCGGGCGCUAGGUCUGGAAGAGGGCAUCGGCAGGGACCGGCGGCGACGUCAAUCGCCACGAAUCACCGUCACACGGGCGAUGUCUGACGAAAGCGACUCUCCUUCUAGACGGCCGCUUUGCCGGCAGCAGUCGCGCUCAAGCGGUGCCCUGCUUGGCACCAUGCCAUGCUCCCGGGUCCUGACGGAGAAAAUUCAACUGGAAAAUCCGCCCGACGAACAACUCCUGCUCUCUUGGCCUCAGCACGCCGUCAACAAGCACGAGGUUUUA